AGACGCGCGCCCGCGUUUACUUGGCGCUGGGAUCUGGUCGGAGUGGUCGCAGUACACAGCCGAAACACGACCGCCGCAACGCUGGGCAACGAAGCCACGCCAGCCCGCCGCUCCCGAGGCCACAAGAUGCAACGCGAAGCCGCAGCCGAGCCGGAAGGCAGAGAGACGCACCCCGGGCUGGGCUUCCGCCUGGAGGCGCACCGCAUCGUCAGCAUCUCGCUGGGGAAGAUCUACCACUCCCGGGUGCAGCGCGGCGGCAUCAAGCUGCACAAGAACCUGAUGGUGUCGCUGGUACUGCGGAGCGCCCAGCAGGUGUACCUGAGCCAGACCCCCGAGGAGCUGCACCCGGACUACGCGCUCUACCAGGGCCCGCAGGACUGCAGGGGGCCGGAGAGCUGCUCAUGCAGCGGCGCGGAAGAACGGCCGGAGGGGGACCCUGCGUGUGAGCUGCGGGAGACCCGGACCUGUCCCGCACCUCGGCCGUGCCGACAGGAGGACGCUGCCCACUCCCCCCACGGUGGUCCCUGCUGCUCCUGCCCGCUGUCCGACUCCAGCCGAGCCUGCCCGACCCCGCACCCGCAGAGCCGGGAACCCGAAGUCGAUCACCCGGAGCCUCCCAGUCCUUGCUGCCGAAAGAGAAGCGGGGGGAGCACGCCGGACGGUCCGGCCACCAAGCGGGCCCGGCGGGAGCAGAGGGAGCAGGAGGUGCCGGAGCCCGGGGAGGAGGUGGAGGAGGAGAUGGAGACGGAAAACGUGGCCAAUCUUAUCAGUAUCUUCGGCUCCAGUUUCUCGGGACUGCUGACCAAGGAGCCGGGAGCGGAGGGGUCUGCUGAGCCGGGGCAGGAGGUGCAGGAACUGGACUCUGCUGCCCCCACAGGACAGAGCUGCAGCGAGCCGGCCAUCAGCGCCAGCAUCACCCCCUGGAGCACGGCCAUAGAGGCCUUCUGAUGCCCCCUCCCCCCGGGACUGGCUGAGCGGACUGCAGCCUCGCUGUCCCGUGUUACCUGUCUCAUGUCUGCCCUGGAUAACGUGGCUCAUGUUCCAUAACGGAUUUGAGGGGAAGGCGGUGGCCUGAUGUUCCCACCCCCCGUCCCGGUGCCAGCACCAAGCUGCCCCAUGCAUUGCUGCUGCAGACAGGGAGCGGGCUGCCUUACUGCCCGGACACUGGCCAUGGCUAGAGAGGGUGCUGCUGGUGCUGGCAUCGUUCACUGUACCAUCAAUGUCUGACUGUGGAGGGGAGGUGGAGGGAGAUUGUCUGGCACCAAAUGGGUUAAAUGUAUAUCCCAUAGCAACUAUAAAUUUUGGAGCUGGGACCCCCUGCUCCCUACUUAUACCUUCCCCCCCCCCCCCCCCCCCCCCCCCCGAUCCCCCUAUUCUGUUGGCCACCACGUGCACGGGGAGUUCCCCACCACUGAGUGGGGGAGGGGAGGGAAGUUCCCAACACUACUCAUUGUUAUUCCACCACCCAUUGUGUGCUGGGGCCGUACAGUCAGUGUGCACAGCCACUCCUUUAUGUUACAUGCCCCGACUUGUGGGAAAAAUACCAAAUAACUGACAACAGCCGGGAGCUGCCGGCUGCAGCCAUUGUUCCUGCCCAGCCUGGAUCACUGCAUGCCCCAUUGUUCAGAGGGACCAUUCUGGCAUCUAUAUAGUUAAAUAUAUAUCUCCUUUUGGUGCCCAGGCAUUUCCCAGUAUCGCCUUCCCAGCAGGAGCGGCCCAGACAUGGUUACUGGUCUGUAGAAGCAUGAGGAAGUGACUGUUCAGUGUUUAUUUGUGUUAACUUUGGGACAUGCAAAGCCCUAUAAGUAUAAUGUAUAUGUAUUUCAAGACAGCUGGUCAGACUUGGUGCUUGUGAUUUCAUACAGCUCUGUCCAUACCGCAGGACCCUCCUGCCUUUGUUUUAGAAGGUGGGACGUCUGGCAAGAAGUAAUUACCAUUGGAGUUUACAGUGUUUUUAAUGCACAAUGCUGUAACUUGGAUUUCUGUAUAAAAUGACAUUUCUACGUGUUUGACACGUAUUAAAUAUUUUGAAAAGUUAA